UACGCUUUCUUUACUUUGUUUUACCGCAGAAUCAAUAUGAAAUAAGUUAUCACAAAUUUUCGGUAAAAAUGAAGACUUCUUUGACGAUUGGAUUACUUUUUCAAUAUUUAUGGUUGUUUGUAUUGGGGGGGGAGCAAUUAUCACCGUUUAAAGAUGACAUUUUGUACCAUAUUAACUGGGCUGGGUCAAAUGUUAAUUUGCAGCAAUUCCAAACACCUGGCACCGAAUAUAAUUCAGAAGACACAAUCAUAAUGACAUCAGCGAACAAUGAAAAAUAUUCGUGUACAUUGCCGUCCAAAGUAUCUGCUGAGAAAAGUAGUGACGGAUCGACAGAAAUCUCCAUGUCCCCAGUACGAGGGUUAUCGGGGCUUUUCAAAAGCGGACAAUGUAAAUAUUAUUACGAACCAUUUUGGACCUAUGAGAUAUGCCAUGGGAAACAUAUUAAACAAUACCAUGAGGAAAGAGUUAACAGUGGAAAAGGGGAACCCACAAAGAUAGUUCUACAAACUGAAAGUGGAUAUAAAAUUCAGCUCCAAAGCGACGAUAGCAAAGGUGAUAUUAUCAAAACUACGGAAUUUUACCUCGGUACCCUAGAUGGUAAAGUUGAUGAAGAAGGUAUGUUGAUUGGUGUGGAAGAUGUAGCACCAACUAGUAAAGAAGAAGUUCCCACACGUAACACAGCGGGGGUGAAAACACCUUACUAUGCUGUAGUGAUGGAUGGAGGGACAGCAUGUGAUCUUAGGCCAGGUGUGAACAGACAAACUACCGUGUAUUACAUAUGUGGACCUGAAUCAAACAAUGAUAUUUUAUCUGUGACUGAAACAAGUUCGUGUGAAUAUGAAGUGGUUGUGUUGUCACCACAGAUGUGCAACUUACCACUGUAUAAUGUGGAGAGAAAACAAGUGCAUGAGAUACAAUGCAUAGCAGUGGAUGACGCACCAGCUAAACCUGUAGCAUUGAAACUUCAACUGGAGGAAGAAGCCCCGGAUAACAGCAGAGUUCGUAAAAUUUUCCGUCCUCUAACACAAAAUGAUGAUGAACCAAAACAAGAUGAUUUACGAAGAGUAGAAGUUCAAAAGAUAUCAACACUUGUUGAUAAAUCUCUUUUGAAUGAGUUUCUGUCCGGUUCAUAUUGUUUGAGGGGUGGUACUGGUUGGUGGAGGUUCGAAUUCUGUUAUGGUAAACACGUUCAUCAAUAUCAUGAUGAUGCUAAGCUUGGAAGAACAACGAUAUCUGUUGGGACGUGGAAUAAACAAGAACAUAAAGAGUGGGCUAAACUGAAAACUUCAAAACCAAGAACUUUCAUGAAAGAUGAACAGGGUGAUACCAGAGUGUCAAUGGUACAACAUUUCUAUGGUCACGGUGAUGUUUGUGAAGAAACAGGAAAACCUCGGCAAGUAGUUGUUCGUAUGAAGUGUAAGAAGUCUCCUGCAAGCAGUCAUGCUGUGUCUAUCUACUUGUUAGAACCCUCUAAGUGCGUUUACAUCCUUGGGGUUGAGUCGGCGAUCGUGUGUGGCUUACUUGACUCGGCUGACGCAGAGGGAAUGUUAAAACACGAACCUUGAAAUGUAUCUGCAGUUUGUUGCUAGGAAAUUCACUCUGUGCGUGGUUGCUUGUGUUUGAUGAUAACCAGGAACAUAAAGCAGAUAUUUUAAAAUAUUCUACACUUAUGUAAAGCAAGGUACAACUUAUUACAACAUUGUACACAAUUAUGUUGAUAAUUGAAUAAAAUAUAACGUGGUCUUGUGCAAUAGUGAGAAUAAAAGAUCAUUUUUAAUCUUAAA